AUGACAUCGCACGGCGACACCCGCAAGAGACUCAAGCCUGUAGCACCUUCCACGGCGAGGCGGGCCGGCCAAGCUCAAUCGGCAUCUCAACCACUGGUGUCCUUCUCGGCCUCUAACGGCGUCCUCCGAGCCCGGGAGUCCAUCGCCAGAAUUGAGGCCCUUGUUCGUGCCGUCCCCGCGACGUCGCCCACCCUAUCUGCAUUUAGUCUCAUGGGCAGAGGAAAGAGCCUCAAAGUCCGCAACAAACACCUAGAUGAACUCGAUGAGCGCGUCCGGGUCGUGUGGCGAAAGCUGGAAAUUAGCCCUGUGGCGAAGUCAAUGAUGAGACACUUUGUUUACGCCACUGAAGUCAUGCGAGAACAGGCGGCCGCCUAUACGCGGCGCAUCAAGGAAUUGAAGGCACAUGCCAACUAUGACCCCGACGACGAACAACAGGACGAGAUCGAUGCCCUGCGCAACUUACUGACCCACGUCCAGUGUCUGGAGAUUCCCGGCGCGCCAGAUUGCUUAACCUACUUGACCACUGAACACCUGGUCGACAAGAAGUUCACGACGGUAGACCUCCUCGAGCUCGCCGACGAACUCGUCUCUUAUCUCAAGGGGCCGGAGCUAGGGUCUGCUGAGAGUCUUGACCACGAAACGUCAGACGAAGACACAGAGAUCAAGAAUGCUGACAUCGGACUGUCCCGCGGGUGCGCGACUCUUGGGAAGCGGAAGGUAACGGUGGAUGACGAGAUACACCUGGGCGACGACGGCGUCCGACGACCGACGAAGCAGAGCAAGUCCGUGUCGUGGGCCAUCGGGGAGGAACCGCGAGAGCGGAAUGCAGAGGCGGGGAGAAAGAAGCAAGCAGGUUUCACCCAGGCUGACCCGCCUUCCACGUAUUUCGACCGAGCAGGCCCUGCCUACCACAACACUCCCUGGACACCGCCGCCGUCGGAGUCUGGACCGCGCGACCGACGUCAAACGACGGAGCCGGCCGUGGCUGGCAAGUCACGGGCAUCCAACACUAAUCUGUCGCCGCUCACCCGACAUAUCCUAUGGGACUCAUGGAACGAUGAAGAUGCGCCCGACCAGACAGACAUCGACGCCAGACGGGAGGCUGGAGCUGACGCCCUGGCGCUGGUCAGAUAUUCCGCUCUACUUGCACGAGAAGACGCCCUGCCGGGAGGCUCUGCUCGUCAUCGACCUCAGCCGGGCUUCAUCGUCGAGGUCUCCAGUCCUGACGAGGAACCCCCCGCCGACUCGGAGGAUCGUGACGAGCAUGACGUCGACGGCGUGUACAGCAACGGUGGUUCUGAAGAUAUGGAGAUGAUGGACAGUCAGGCGGAGGGUGACGAGGAGUUCCAUCCGGAUCAGACGGAGGAACUGUGA